AUGCAUUUCUCGAAGAGUGUUAUUGCCAUCAUGGCUUCGCUCGUGACCCUUGGCCUCGCUUCCAACCCUCUUCGCUUCACUUCCUGGCCCAAGGAGCCCCUCGAGGCUGGCAAGCCAGUCACCCUCACAUGGAUUGGUGCCGAUGCUGAUCAGCCUGUGACCAUCCUCCUCCGCCAAGGUUCCUCGGGCGACCUGCAGGACGUGAAGCCGAUCACUACUGAUGGCAAGGGCGGUAUCUUCACCUGGACACCUGACAAUGAUGUCAAAAGCGGAAAUACCUACGCCUUCCAGAUCAGACAGAAAGACAAGACUAACUAUACCGCUCUGUUAAAGUCGGUCGGCAAGCCCCUUGCCGAUAUCCCCGAAGCUAAAGAAGUUAAGAACACCGCAUCCGAAGCUAGCACUGCUGCUUCUACUAAUACAGCUACCGGAACUACCACGGGCGCUACCAACACUACUGCUGCCCUCAACACCCAGACCAUUGGUGGUACUACCCAGGCGACACAAGGAACCCAUACCACAAUGACCAACGCUGCCAGCAAGGCCCUCAUCAGCUCUUCUGCCAACCAAUCUGGUAGUCCUUCUAGCUCUAUCGCUGCUAGCUCAACUGAGAGAAUGAUGGUCACUGGCACUGAGGUUGUCAAUGGCAAGGAAGCAUCCUCCACUGGAAGCAGACAAGCUGGGGCCGCUUCUGUCCCGCAGUGCUCUGUACAAUUGGUAAUGGGUAUUGCUGGUCUCUUGGCAUACCUUGUCUAG